GUGUGAAAACGGAGUGAGGAGCGCAACAAUAUGAUGGACCUUUUCGAGACCAACAGUUAUCUUUUUAAUGAUUUGCGCUACCUGGAGGAAGCAGAUCAUGGACCACUACAGCACUUGGACAUGGCAGGGGUUUCCCCUCUGUACAAUGGCAAUGACAGCCCACUGUCCCAAGCGGGUCAUGAUAAUGUCCCGUCCGGUGGGGAGAGCAGCGGAGAGGAGCACGUCCCCGCGCCUCCGGGUCUCCGGGCGCACUGUGAGGGUCAGUGCCUCAUGUGGGCCUGUAAGAUCUGCAAGAGAAAGACGGCUCCCACGGAUAGACGUAAGGCUGCGACCCUCAGGGAGAGGAGGAGGCUUAAGAAGAUCAACGAAGCCUUCGACGCACUGAAGAGGAAGACCGUAGCCAAUCCCAACCAGAGGCUACCCAAAGUGGAGAUUUUACGCAGCGCCAUCAGCUACAUAGAGAGGCUGCAGGAGCUGCUGCAGACGCUGGACGAGCAGGAGAAAACCGGAUCUCCAUGUGACGCAAAAGAAAACAAUGUGGCCGGUGAGUACCACUGGAAGAAAUCCUCUGAGGCUUGGCCAACCUCUGCUGACCAUUCCACUUCAGCAAUGAACCGCAGAGAAGGAGCCAGUGAGUCUUCCGCGUCCUCCAGCCUCCUGCGGCUGUCCUCCAUCGUGGACAGCAUCACCAACGGUAGCAGUCAGUGAGGACGUCUCAGAAAACUGAAACAUUAGCAAACUAUCUGACAUUUUCAAUAUGAUCUAUUCUGAUCAUCUGUGAACUAUUUUUGCCAUACUAAACCAUUCUGACUUCUGUUUGUAAGUACUUCAUUUGUACAGGAAGCGCAAAAGAUUUGUACAUAUUUUAUAUUAACAUGAAGUUUAGAUGUAUUUAUUUUGUGUCCAAAGGCUAACCUUGGCUUUAAGGAAGCUGAAAUUCUCUUUAUAUAUUGUACACAGCUGACCAAUAAAAUAAAUGACUCAGUUCUACUCUU